UAGAUCGUGAGUCUGUCACUGUCAAGUCCCUGUUGUGAUGUCAUUAAAAAUAAAAUCUAACUUUUAAUUUUAAUUUCUCACCUCAAUGAUUUUUAUAUACUCCGAUUCUAUCAAUCAUCAAUCAAUAUAAAAUCUUGCAUUUGAGAGUUCUAAAUUCGAAAUUUAAUUUUAUUGAAAGACAUUUUUAAAUAACAAAUUGUUUGAAUAGCUUGUCAUAUUUAUUCGACAAGAUCUCAUUUUUUUUAAAUAUAGUAUUAAAUUUUGUUUUAAAGAUGGAUCCAAUUGCGGUUUUACAAAGUAGAAUAGAACAAUUAGAAGCUAAAUUGGGUGUUAAUAAUAAUAUUCUCGUUGAUGCACAACAAGAUGGUCAACAAGGGGAUUCUGUGACGACAAAUCUGUUAAAUGCGGCCCAAGCUAUGAACAAUGCCACUACAGGACAUGAAAAACUUUCUGAGGCUAAGAAUAUAGCAAGUGAACUGAAUAAUUACACUGAUCCAAACCUUGUUGAGAACAUGCAACAAAAUAACAUGCAUAUGCAUGAAGUAGUUGCAGCGGAGCCUGUCAUCCAACACCACUGUCAAUGCAUGCACCGCUGUAAACAGGCUGCCCCGGUACUAGAAUCAGAGGCAAUACAGCAAGUUCCGCAUAUGCAGGCUACUGUCAACAAACUACACAUGGCUGCUGCAGAGGUUAAAGCAGAGGCUGAUGCUGUGUCUCAUGGUAUUCAAGAACUAGCAGAGAUGUGUGGAACAGCAGCAUCUGCAGCAUCAGAAAAAUUAGCAGCAGUUGCUCAGAAGGUUGAGCAAGUGGAAGAAAAAAUGUUCCCUAAAAGAAGAAAUGGCUUGGACUAGAUUUAUUCCAGAAUAUUUAUUAUAUAACUACAUUUGUUUUUUAUUUAUUAUAUUGCAGUAUCUCAUAAUAUAUUCUAAAUAAAAAGUUAUAUUAAUUUAAACCUUGUUUUCUUAUUAAACCCAUUGAUAACUCAAA